UAGUGCCACAGCUAUAAGCAUCUGUCGGAAAUAUUUCUUUAUUCUUCAAGUCAAAUGUAUGAAACGCUAGUUUUUACAAUCGGAAAAGGCUUUGCGGUGUGGAAGCCUCACAGCAACAGACAGCUUUUUAUACUUGGUGCUCAGAUAACGUGUCUAUCGUGAUUCACAGGACAAUGGUUGUUGACAUUGGUUGUCGCCUGUCACUGGACGGAAUAUACAGAGAUCAUCGCGGUCUAUUAUUGUUAGAGGACAGCUGACAUGCAGCUGAAACGGAACAAUAGCUCUCAUGACUAUUUAAUGAGGUAACCUGCUUGCCUAAAGAGAAGCAAAUUAGCCCAGGAUUAUGAAACGAAAGAGACCUACUUUUCAUUUUUCGCACACAGAGCGAUUGUUGACCUAUAGUGUUCUACAAUAUGUCAGUAAUGAGUUGCAAAGAAGAGUUAAUUGGCUAAGCGCUUGAAAAGGUCCUUAGGGAAAGAGAUGUUUCCUGCUGUUUGUCUUUCGUUCCAGAGGAAAGGCAAAGAGUGACAACCGGCCCGUGCUUGUUGAAUGUAAUUAUGGCAGCUGACUAAGUGAAUUUGUGUAAGUAUGGCGGGAACUUCUGUUGAGAGUAACUCCAGCCUGGAGAUAUCGAGCGGAGCGUCGGGUUAUCAGGCUAUUUCUCCCAACGAUAAUCCUUCUUUAAACGCAGAUGGAUUUGAAUCUGAGCCCUUCUUGUGUCAUCACCACGGAACUGUUUGUUCGGCGCGUUCUGCCACUGCUGCGGAGAAAUUCACUUGGUGCAAAACGGACGAUGAUAACUCGCCGAAUGGAGAACUUAUACGGGCAUUGAAAGACUUCAAAGCGAGAAGCCUUGCUUUAAAAGCAGCUCUAGAGGAUGAAGCCAUGGUAAAUGAUAUUCAGAAGGAGUUGUCUGACUACGUGUGUAGUUGCAGCGACCCGAAAUAUGUCCACUUAGUCAGUGGGUACCAUGUGGAGUGCAUUGAAAAGUUCUGUUCCAAGAAGGAGACCUUCACGCAAUACCACGAAAAUCGAUUUAAAACCUACUCUGACGUUGGAUCGACCAAAGCUAGUAACCAUGUCACUAGUGCAGUCGCCCCUGAGGAAUUCUACAAAUAUUCCUUCUACGGUGUGAAACAUUGGAACUACUGCGCAAAUGAUGAAGACAUUGGCGCAGUAAUAAUUACGUUGAAACCCGAAGUAACCAACCCACACUCAAAGGGAUCAUUCAGGAUAAUGGUCCGCUCAGCCCACAAUCUUGUCAUUGGACUGCUCUCUUGCUCAAGUCACCAAGUCAGUCUUUCAAGCAGAGAUGAUGUGGUACACUUUAUAAGUCAACAAAUUGAUAUUAAAGCCCCUGUGAAGCUGAUUACAAUACCUUCAGUACCAGCAGAGCUCCUCAAGAUGGACAGUGCAUUCAACAAGCAAGCCCACAAAUUUGGUGUGGUUUACAUGAAGGAAGGACAGCAAACUGAGGAACAGCUUCUUGGUAAUGAAACUCAUAGCAAAGCAUUCGAUGACUUUUUGAAUCUGUUGGGUGAAAGAAUCAGACUGAAAGGUUUUGACAAGUACCGGGGAGGACUGGAUGGCAACAAUGAUCUGACUGGAAAAUAUUCUGUGUUUACCAAGUUUUGUAAUAGCGAGGUCAUGUUCCAUGUGUCAACUCUUCUGCCAUUUGAAGAAUUUGACUCUCAGAAGCUUCAGAGAAAGAGGCACAUUGGAAAUGACAUAGUUUGCAUCAUCUUCAUGGAAGCAACAAGUACCAAGUUUGUACCUGACUGCAUUAAAUCAAACUUUCUGCAUACUUUUAUUAUUGUUCAAGUGGAUGUAGAAAACAAUCCAGACAGUUACACAGUAUCAGUGGUGUCAAGGAGUGGUGUGUUACCAUAUGGCCCACCUCUUUAUGACAAGUAUAUAUUUGAUAAGGGAGAUGAGUUUAGAGUAUGGAUCCUUAAAAAGUUAUUUCAAGGAGAACAAGCAUGUCACAGGUCACCCAGCUUUGCUAAGUUACAUGCGCGGACCAGAGCACUCAUCAUGGGAGAACUACUGAAGUCUGUCAGAAAUUCACAAUCUCAAACCUCAGCUAUACCUAGGGCAUCACCUGAUCAGUACAUGACUGUGGCACAGGUGUCCAGGGAUUUCAGUUCAGUUUGCUCUGUCACACAAGAUGGAGGGGACCUUGUGGUAUUCCUAAUAGAAGAGGCAGACAAGAAAAGUUACAUUGGUGUGAAGUCAAUUAUGUCAGCUAAGAGCAAAGUUUUUCUAAAGAUGUUUUCACAAGAGCUCGGUCAUAUUUAUGCUCAUCUGCCAGUGAGCAGGGCAGGCUCGUUUACGGCGCCACCUGAACUGAGGCGCACGACCUCCUCCAAGACCCGCUACUCAGGAUUGCGUAGCGGGAAGAUGAACCUGGAGAAAUUGCGACGCAGUCGAAGCGAAAGCGACAACAGCCAUGACGAGGGAGUCACCCUAGAAUCAGUGACAGAUCUUCAAAGCAGAAAAGAUCCUGAGCGUUCGAUGGCUUCGUCUAAAAUGCAGUGCAGUGCAGAGGUUAUCGUCGUGAAGCAGUUUGAAAGUGGCGUGUUUGAAGCCCUGCUGGAGUUUCUUCAUGUGGGAUCAUGUGACCUAAGACCCAGUCUCCUGCCAGGCUUGUUUGCAGCUGCGCAAUAUUAUCAGGUGGAGGAAUUACGUAAAGUCUGCGUCGAGAGCAUGAAGCAAAGAGGAAUAUCACCAAGCUGCAGUGACCAUUCACUGACGGAUUUGGUGUCGAACAACCUUACUAGUCCUACAGUAGGGAGAAAUGUACAGACGGAAUGUGUCAGUGAUACACACUGCUAGAAAUCUUUCCGAAAAACAGAGGAUGAUAAAUAUAAAGAAAAGUAGUGCGUUUUAGAUUCCAAGAGUUGAAUGGUUGAAUUUUACCCGUCUUCAGUCGACUUUUGUAGCGUGGUAGUAGCGUGGUGGAGAUUAGAACGAGCCAGCUCCAGGGGACGACGGGAACGUAAAAGUUAAACGAGGACUUCCCUUGUUCCUCUUCCUAUCUGUCCCCGCGCGGACUCCUGUAGAGACAACAGACUGGGACGAGUCAGCUUCAAUUUCAUCUGCAUUUUAAGUUAGGGUGAACUUUUGUUGAUUUUGAAGAACCAGUCGUGGUUUGUAUUCGAUGAAGAUUAUCAUUAGUGGAUGUGUACAUUGUUGUAGUCAAGGUAAUGGCAUACCUUUAACUUCGUCAGCCUACAGCCAAUCAUAUUUUAGCCAUGUAAUUUAGUAUUAUCAACUGUGUUGAUAACAUUAAUUGGCCACCACCGUAAAGAGUUUCAAAGCUGACGUUUCGAGCGUUAGCCCUUCGCCAAUCGCUCUGACGAAGGGCUAACGCUCGAAACAUCAGUCUUUAAACUCUUUACAGUGGCCAAUUUACGUUAGCAACUCAAUUGAUAAUACAAAAUUACCCUGUUAUACUCUCCCACCGACGCAGCACAACAGUUUCCUCAGAAACUUACCCACGUUUUAGCCAUGACCUGGUCCUUCUAUCUGUUCAUCACAGACAGACACGCUGGCCAUACAUUUGCCGGAAACCAUUUUAUUCCACAGUCAUCG